AUCUUGUUUUGUUGAUGUCUAGUUCAAACUUAAUUAGCUUGCAUGAUGACAUCAUUAAAAGAAGUUGUGUUUCUUCUGCAACUGAAAUGGCACUACUACGUGUUUCUGUUUCUUGUAUUACUUUCUUUCUAAUUUAUCAAUUUUGUAGGCUUUUCUGUUUCACUGAGAAAGUAAGGAAGAAAGGGAUGGCUGAUGCUAUCAUCUAAGUAAUAUUAACCUGGCUGAGAUGAGUUUGGUAAGUUCCUUUUUUUUCUGAAAAGAAAAGGUAAGUUCAUUUGUGAUACAUUGGGAUUUUUUUUUUGAUACAAGAUUAAUUGCCAUCCAACUUCGAUGUGUAACCUUCAGAAAAUAACAGUUAGUCGGACAGUCCAUAAUGUGUCACUGAUAUAAUGGUCCAGAAGUUUUAAGUUUAUGCAUUAAUCGUAUUGAUUCACUACCUUAAAUGUAUAUUCCAGUAAUCCUUCCAUUAAAAUGGGAAAAGAGAAAAUAUCAAAGUAAGACCUGCUCUGCAUCAGAAUUUGCAUUGUCAAAUUUCCAUUUGCAUGAAUAAUUGAAUAUGCCAUUCCAAAAGGAUAAAAGUUAUCAAACUAUUAAGUUCAGCCGUUGGGGAAAGCAUCUCAAAUGUUCAAUCUUAAUGGAUAAUGUGCUUAGCAAUGUAAGCCUUUUUUAAUAGCAGGUAGGGAUGUAGGUGGGCACCCAAAACCUAAAUUAAUUGCAUUGACUUGUAAUUCUAGUUCAUUUAUCUCCCCUAAAUUAAUUACAUGGCAUGCCGUUGUAGUUAAUUUAACCAAUUUCUGGUUGACCCAAUGACCCAGAAGAAAUGGAACUUGCAUCCCCAAUAGCUGGACGUAUUGGUUAGAUUAUGCAUUUUAAACCAUAUCUGAACAUGUUGGUAUUAGUAAAUCCAAUGAAUGGUAGAGAAACUUGGAGCAUGAUGAGAUGGCAUGUUAUAUAGAGAUAAUUAGCAGUAAAUCAGGGGGAAAUGCAGUUAAGCUGGACCAGUAAAAAAGUACUCCUCUACGCGAGCAAUUACAUAGAGUGACAGCUUACUGUGAAAAUGGAGAAAAAGAAUGUAUACAGAGGACCCAUCAUACGUACUGCUGCAGUGCUGCCCCAUGCACAUGUUGCCUCAUGAGGAAACACUCAAGUUAUUUCCUCAUCUUAACAUGCAUGCUCAAUGUUUUCUUCUGCUUCAAAAGGUAAGUGGUGAGGUAUCUCCGUUUUUUUUUUCGGGUCCAAUGCAAACUGUAACAUUGAGCCCUACAAGAUCUUUGACAACGACGCAUAUCUUUCAUAUCAAACUGUCUUGGAAUAAUUCAGGAAAGCAUAUCUCGUUCGUCUAACCAGCUCUAUGUCUUAUGGGGCUACAUAGACCUUUGGACCUUUGUUCUGCAGUACCACCGGGACCUUACUGUGCUGAAUGAAGAUAAGGGGCUGCUUGGCAAAGCACGAGCUGCUUCCGAGUUAAGCUUAGCCGAAUCAAAAUUGAAGGUUGGUCCAAGCUGCAUAUCUCUGUCUAACUACAGUACUGGGAAGAGUGGAUUGUUGCCUGUGCAAGUCAAUGGCUACAACAGUUCUUCGUUUGACAUGUGCCGUCAAAAGUUUGUCAAGUGGCAUUACAUAAUUGGGUAAUUACUUCUUUUUCUCCAUGAGUUCAUCGGAAGGUUGCUGGCUUGCUAGAGUUGCAUUCUCAAAUCUGAUUGUCAAAGACCACCUUAUUCAUAUUAACUGCAGUGAAAACAAAAAUACUGUGAACGUAAUUUCAGACGGUCAGCAGAUGCAAAAAUAUCUUUCACUAAGCCGACGCUCAGUACUCUAUCAGACCCAUUUUAUAUGGAAAGGGGCACUGGCAUCAAGUUUCUUGUGUUUGUUAAUCGACGUAUACUUAGUUGGAGCAUAUUCGCUAGCUGUGACACCUAUGUUCAUUCCUCUAAUUGUUAACUUCAGAAUGUCCCUUUUUUAUCAAAGGGCUAGAAUAUGUCUCACUUUUAUUUUGAAGGAAAAGCAUCUUGCUUCCAAUAGCACCUUAAAUUCAUAUAUAGAAGGACAAAACAACUUGUCUAGGAACUAUUGCCCUAUGCCUCAUAAUGCAGCAGUAGAAGACUGCGUUUGAUGCUCUUCACUCCAGUAGACUCUAGAAAAUCUUAUAAUGGUCAAAUUGCAAAUGACGUGAACUACUUACAUGAAAAAUAACUCUCAAAACAUGAGAAUAAAGUUAAAAAGUUUGACCACCGGUAAAACUGUCGCUCGCCACAUUUAGAAAAAAUGUUGAGAUUUAAUGUUCCAUAUCAUCCCCGUUGUCCUUAGCAUACAUGGACGGCUCUGCAUCUUCGACAUGGGUUACUAAACAUGGAUAAAUGAUAUCCUCGUCUUUCUGUUGCAUUACUAUAUAUAUACAAUGUCUCAUGUUAAGAGAUCGGAUGGUUCAGAUCGCUCCACGAUGCUUCACACACUGCACAUAAUGUGUUUGGCUUGUGACCCUAAGUAUGUUCUGGCACCUUAGAUAAAUUUUAGCCACUGUUUUGGUUUAAUUUGGUACUUUGGUGCCAAAAUUUGGCCGAGUAGCCAUUCUCUUUGAACACCCUAGUUUAUUUCAGUGGCUAAAGCUGGGCUAAACCAAUUUGGUGAUCAAAAUUUGGCCAUGAAAAAAAAAAUCUGGUUUGGCUAGCAAGUGGCCAUUUUAGUUGCAAAGCAAACGCACCCAAUAUCUAGAUCAUAGUUCCUACCUUGAAAUGGUACGUACAAUGUACCACUAUUGAGGAUUGAUCUGACAGCAGAGACACAUUCCCAGGAGCAGUACAAUUAUACUGCUGCCACAGAAUCUGAUAAGAUUUUUAGAUUUAGAAGCGACCCCGCCACCUUUCAGCGCACAGCGCCCUGCACUACCAGCAGAAUACACGGCAAGGCUCCCACUUCUUAUAGCGCACCCCGACCUCCCAAACCACCCCCAAACCACAGUUCGCGCAAAGUCCCAAGGCUUUUUUUCUCUCACACGUCCAAAAGCAAAGCAAAGCCAUGUCCCGUAACGCCUCCUCCCCCUCGUCGGCGCCGUCCUAUAGCGACGCCGCCCUCAUGCACCAUCAGCACGCGGCGAGCUUCUCCGCCGCGCUGUCCGUCACCGUCCCGGCGCAGAUCCCUCGCGGCGCCGCGGCGGGGUACCUCGACGGCAAUGUUGGCGCGUUCUCGUCGCCGCCGACGUCGUCCUGCUACUCCUCGUCGUCGCUGCCGUCGUCGUACUACAACAGCAUACAGAGGAGCAUCAGCUCCCACUCGCUGCCGGUGCACCUCCAGCUGGCCGACGUGUCCUUCGGCGCCGGCGGUGGCAGCAAUGGCUUCCUGUCGCCGUCCUCCCCGUCCCCGCACCAGCUGCCGCUCCCACCGCUCUCCUCCUCCCCUUCCUCUUCCUCCGGCGACCUCUUCGAGUUCACCUCGUCGUGCCCCGUCCGCCGCGUCUUCAGCACCGGCGAUCUCCAGGGGAUGAACGGGUCGUCGCCGCCACGGCCGGUGCCGUCGGGAGACGGCUGCGGCCAAGAAGGAGGCGGUCCGUUCUCGCAGAAGGUCGGGCGCUACAGCGCCGAGGAGAGGAAAGAGCGGAUCGAGCGCUACCGCGUGAAACGGCAUCAGAGGAACUUCAACAAGAAGAUCACUUACGCGUGCAGGAAGACGCUGGCGGACAGCCGGCCGCGUGUGAAGGGCCGGUUCGCACGGAACGGCGAGGCCGAGGCGGAGGCCGACGAGCGCGAGGCGUCCGACAUCAGCUACGAGUACUGCUGCAGCCACAACGAACUCAGCAACGGCAGCAGCAACGCCCACGGCAGCGGCGGCGGCAGCUGCUACGACGGCGGCAGUCACUACAGGAUGGACGGCCUCGGCAGCAACAUCGCCGUCGUCUCGGCGUUCAACGGCGCCAGCGACAAUGGCGAGUGGUGGUGGCGGGCGCCGGGCGCCGCCGCGGCGGCGGCCGACGAGGUGCAGCGGCUGCAGCGUCAGGUCGGCGGCUUCGACGACGAGGACGAGCUCUGGGCAACCCUCGGCGACAUGCUGUCGGUGAACCUGGCCUCGUAGGAAGCAGGCCAGGGUCACCCAGUCACUAGUAGCCAGGCAGCCCGCCAGGCCGUUGGUGGCCGGUGGGGUCCGGCGCGCGCGCGAGCACCAGGGGGCGGGUGAGAGGUCGGGUCGGGGGGUGGCGUCGUUGACCCUCGUUCCCUUGUGUAUGCAGUAUGCAUGAUUGAUUGCCUUGUAACUUUUUAGCCAGAAACAUCAUGAAGCAAACGAAAAAAAGUUCAGAACGACC